AUGCUUCGUUCUGUUCGAUAUUGCCUUCGUCUUCAAAAAUGUUAUUAUAGUGUAAACCCCUCAAAUGAAGAGGACCUAAACAGUAUUAUAUGUCGUCAAAUACGCUCCGCCGGCCCAAUCUCGGUUUCUGAGUACAUGAAACUUAGUUUACAUCACCCCAUCCAUGGAUACUAUAAAACUUCAUCAGUUAUUGGUCCCGAAGGUGAUUUCCUUCUUGGAAUCUGGAUCGUUAGUGAAUCGAUGAAAUACGGUAAAAAUACUCCAUUUGAAAUUGUUGAGUUUGGACCUGGUAGAGGCUCCCUUAUGACCAGUGUUCUUACUUCCCUUAAUAAAUUUCCUGCCGCAAAUUCCCUUUUUCGUCAUCUGCGUUUUAUUGAACGUAGUGAUAGUCUUCGAAAGCAACAAGAAUCAGCUAUCUUUUCUGUCCUGAAAACCUGUCACUCCAGCCUAGAUGUUACCUGGCAUUCUUCACUUGAUGAGAUUCCUACAGGAACCACUUCUUUCUAUCUUGCAAAUGAGUUCCUUGACGCCCUACCCAUUCACCGCUUCCAGAAAGUUGAUGGCAAGUGGCGAGAGGUUUUCGUUGAUGCUAUCAAUCCUUCCAACCCUAUCGAACCUGGUGAUCACUUGACGUUUAUAACUUCACCGUCUGAUACAAUGGCUUCUACAACAUAUCUUCCGUUCAUUGAUGACCUUUCGGAGAAGACUAUUGUUGAGGUUUGCCCUGAUGGGGGAGCAUUGGUGCAGAAAAUGGCCUCUCGUAUUGCAGCCGAUGGUGGCUCUGCUUUAAUCGUCGAUUACGGUCAUGUUGGCGAGAGGCAGGACACUCUUCGAGCCUUCAAGAACCAUGAGCUCCAUGAUCCACUCAAAGACCCAGGACAGGCUGACAUUACAGCAGAUGUAGAUUUUGCUUUUCUUAGGCGAUCCGUGGAGGCGGCAAACAAACCAGGCAUGUUUAAGUUGGAUUUAACUUUUUGUGCUCCUAUUUUGAAUCUUUUUUUCAAUAAUUUUCUUUUAACUUUAGUUGUCGUUCAUGGACCUGUGAGUCAAGCGUAUUUUCUCAUUCAUAUGGGAAUUCUUUUGCGACUUAAGAACCUUGUGGCAAGGACCAAGAAUGAGGAAGAGAAGCAGAAGUUGAUCGCAUCGACCGAGAUGCUAGUUGGAACUAACCAGAUGGGCAAGCGAUUCAAGUUCAUGGCCAUCACUGCAGGAAGGAGUGAGAAGGAGAAACAGAGCAUUCCCGCUGGAUUUUACCCCACGUGGCAGACUGGCGAGGAGGAGCAGAGUGCAUCGUGA